CGCCCCUCCAGGAACACAAGGGCCGGGGUUGUCAGCCAGCCUCUGCUUCCUAGGCAACACAGUACGCAAACGCUGGCAGUAGCGGCACUGGCGCGAUGUGCUUCAACAAACCAGAGACGCUGGUUAACUACUCCUUUGGAACAUGUCAGCAAAGGAAGCUCUUUCCUCACUUCCACCCCCCCAACUUGUUGGGGAACAAGUUUCUCCCUCUUAGGGGAGUGCCCCACAGAGGGCCUGGAUGUUACAUAGCAGAAGACAAGUAUGGCUUGGCAUACAACCUCUCUAAGAUCCUGACUAGUAAAAAAGGAUAUGCUUUUGGAGCCAGAACAGCCGUGAGAUUUAAGCCAAUCAGCAAGGAUAUGACACCUUACCCAGGCAUGUACCAGACAGUCAAUCCUCAGGAGCAAACACACAAACAAAAUUUUGCUCCAUUUAAUGCCUUGUUGCCUCGAUUUAGGACAUAUUCAAAGGACACCUGUUAUCCUGGCCCUGGCACAUACAACCCAGAGAUAAAGGCACCCCAGAAAGUCACCUGGCCAAUGAAAUUUGGAUCUCCAGACUGGGCUCAGGUUCCAUGUCUACAGAAAAGAACCCUGAAAGCUGAGCUGUCCACAGACAGAGACUUUAGAAAGCAUCGGAACCGUGUGGCCUACCUAAGCCUGUAUUACGACUGAGAAGCUGUGACUGCCUCCACGUGCUCUUCCUGCCCACAGACUCUCCAGGACUGAGGACAGAGCCACUCUUGUCCUGCUGCAUUGCUCCGGCCCUGCUGUCUGCAGCAUGGGGCACAGGGAGGGGCAAGGGGCUUAUAACUGCUAUUUGGCAGCAUAAAGAUUAUUUCAGAGGGCUCUCUCUCCCUGUGCUGGUUAGUUGUGUAUCCAUGUAGGUGGUCACGGGGGUUCCUACUGAGUGUUCAGUGGGGUGGCUUCACUUUACUGAAAUACUUAUGGGUCCCUGCACUCUAGCCCUAAUUCCCAGGCAGCAGUUUUAUGUUUUCUACCUAGUGGUAGAUAUCAGUAGCCUUGAUAAUAGCAGACUUACCAUGAUAUGUAUGUUGAUCUAUACAUAUCGAGGCUUUGGAUGGCUUGCUUGGCCUUGUAUUUGGGCUUGCUAGAUGCAGAGGAUACUUAAGGCAGAGAAAAUGUUUUAGGAACUCUUCCAGUUCCUAGACAAGAUGGCAGAGUAGGAGGACCUGGAGUUCACCUCUUCUCAGCAUCACACCAAAAUCACAACUAACUUCUGAAUAAUCAUUGGUAAAAAAGACGAACCUACCAAAAAACAUAUUCUGCAUCCACAGACAUAAAGAAGUAACAACAAUGAGACAGUAGGAGGGGCACAUUCAUGAUAUAAUCAAAUCCCACACCCCCUGGGUGGGCGACCCACCAACUGAAGAAUAAUUAUAUCACAGACGUUCUCCUAUAGGAGUGAGAGUUCUGCCCCCAUGUCAGGCUCUCCAGCCUGUAGGUCCGGCAUUCGGAAGAGGAGGCCCCAGAGCAUUUGUCUUUGAAGGCCAGGGGACUUAAUUGCAGGAGCUCCACAGGACUGGGGAAAACAGACUCCACUUCCAAGUGUCUGAGUUCCCCAGCAUGGAGUGGGAAUGUCCCAAUUUGAUUGUCUUUUCCAGAUCUGUGUAAAACCCACAGAAUCAAAAAUUCCCCCUUUCCCAUCAUGUCAUCUAUUUAGUCUGUCAGUCAUCAUCAUAUUCCUACCAUGUGUCAGGCAGAGUGGCAAGCACUGGGGGUACAGCAGGAAUCAAAAUGAACUCAUCUACUGGCUUCUUGGGCCUGGACUGAAGUACGAGAAGGGUGCUACAGGGAGGCUGGUGGAUUGCAUCUGCCCCGGACUCCCAGUUUUAAUGUUGCCCUGAAGCCUUACAAGUUAUUCUAGGUGUGUCAAAGUCAGACCUCAUAGCACCCAAGUUCAAAGUACUUAUCUAGACACUGCCUGGUGUCUACCCGGCUUUGUGCAUAUUUAAAACUUUGAAACCACAGAUCUUAGUGAAAUGGGCUCCUGAUAAACUUGGGAUUCAAAGCUAGAAUUCUAAUUUUUUUACACGGUUCCUAUCUUGUAUCCAUAGCUCUCAAUGUUGUCAUAAACUCAGUGUUUCUAUAAGCCUGUGGGACUUUUUGGUCUUCAAUCCAGGCAUUUGUGGCUUUAUUUGGGAAUGUGCAGAUCUGUGGGGUAAUGAAGAAGACAACACUGAGCACAUCAUAGAUUAUGUCAUGUAUUGGAGGAGGAAGGAGUUAAAGGGAGAAAAAUAGUAAGAAAUGGGAGGGGUAUGGAAAAGGGGACGUUGUGAAAUAUCUACAUUAAUUUCACAUAUUUCUCUCCAAUGUGAUUUUAUUUCAUAAAAUGAACACAAGUUUCUAUGAAACCAGGCUACAAACAUGUGAAAUUCUAAUUCUGUACCCAGAGGUUGAGAAAUAGUAAGCAUGACCAUAUGCACUGAGAUCAUUCUUCCAAAAAUGCUCAGGUCUUUGGCAAACACUGCCCAGAAGCCAGCCUCACAUGAGUAAGGACCAGAUGACCCUGCUCCAGAGACUGGGGCACAGACUGAGGUAUCAGAAGUGCUGAGCUGGAAUGUCCUCCCAGAAGUAGGGAACCCCAUGAUAAGCUUCUCCAAAGGGAACCCAUUGUCUCUCCAGUACUUCGUGGCAUAUUCCUGAAGAAGGCCACACAGACAUUAUUCCUCACUAGCGUUUAUUCCAUAGGAUUAACAAAGUCUAGCUAGUUGUCCCUCAAAGAGAAAUCCUGUUUUCUAUCAAAGCUACCAAUCCCUUCCCCAUCUUCCCUUUGCAUAUGAUUUGAGGGUUUUCUUUCUUACACAGUUGAAAUAACCCAUGUCACCUCGAUCCUUGGUUCCUACAUGCAGGGAACACUUGUGUCCUGUACGUGUGUCCCAGGCACCAUGGAAGUCAUAGGUCAUCAUGCUGAUGGGAUCAAGGAGCCUGGAACGAGAGAUUUUGAGCCAUCAGAUCUUGGGAGCAUUUUCUUAUGGACAAUUUAAGAGCAAGAAAUUGUAGCAGUGGAAAUUCAUGAUGUCAAAUAAAUACCCAAAUGGCCCCACUAAUGUGGCUUCCUGGGUGCCUUCGGGAAGCAGGUUAUCUUCUGUGACUCCCAUAGGGCUACGUAGAAAUCUUCCUUUACUUUCUUGAAAGAAACAAGGCAAACCCAGAGCAGAAGAUAAGGAAAUCUUGUUAGA